UUCAUCUCAAUUUAUUUAAUAUCUUUUACUUAUUUUGAGAUCCUACCGUUUGCUUAUCUUUUCAGUUCCACAGCAUUCAUAUCUUUCAGCUUCUCUCCCCUUCAUUUCAGUCCGUUAUUGUUCACGCCGAGCACCACCAACGCCUUGCCACCGACAACAAUCGCAAGAUCAGAGAUACAAACUGAGUUCAAGCAAGUAAGCGAGAGCUAGAUUGUAUUCGAGAAAUGGAACUCACUAUGUGCUCGGCUAUGGGUAUGAAAUACAGAAGCAUCUCCCCAAAAAAUCUCACCAGGCAUUAUGGACACAAAUUCUCUCCUACUGCUCCCAGAAAUGGAAUGGUUGUAGCAGUAAGCCGGCCCUCCUCCUCCUCUGGUCUAACUACCAAUGGGCAUGUCUAUGAAGUGAGCAGCGGCAGCUCCCAAAUUACUUCCAAUAAUGGUAGGUUUUAUAGGAGGCAAGAUUCCUGUUUGGUGAUUGCUCCACCCAGUGGUAUGAAGCCACGUGCAAUUAUCAAGUUCUUGGGCGGUGCAUUCAUUGGAGCUGUUCCUGAAGUCACCUACAGUUACCUAAUCGAGCAAUUGGCACAGGAAGGGUUUCUCAUCAUUUCGGUACCUUAUAAUGUAACUUUCGACCACGCCCUGGCUGCUGCACAGGUUUACGAGAGGUUCAAUGCCUGCUUGGACUCGGUGCUCACCUCUGGAUUGCCUCAUGCCAAUUUAACACCUGCCCAACUUGCUGGCCUUCCUCUCUUUUCUGUCGGCCAUAGCAAUGGUGCACUUCUCCAGGUACUUGUGGGAAGCUAUUUCUCUGAGAAGGUACCAAAGGCGAAUGUCAUAAUCUCAUACAACAACAAGCCAGCAACAGAGGCAGUGCCUUACUUUGAGCAGCUGGGUCCUUUGGUUCGUCAAAUCAUGCCGGUUGUUGAAGCAUCUCCAGUUUAUGCGAUGACUAGGAGUGCCUCGGAAGAUGCAUGGAAGAUGCUACUUGAUGUAGCUGGAGCAAUGAUUCCUGAUGGUGAUCGGGAAUCCUUAGUUUCACUAAACAAAUUUGUUGAUCAGUUGCCAUCGGUACUAAAUCAGGUCACUCAAGGGAUAUCAGAGUUCAGGCCAAAUCCAUCUGAGAAUCGUGAUCGUUGCAAGAGCUCAUACAAUGUCCAACACACCCUGUUGGUGAAGUUCAGCUUUGACACCAUAGAUGAGACGGACCUUCUGGAGGAGGCAUUGAAGCCUCGUGUGGAGUUAAUGGGUGGGACACUGGAAAAGGUGCAAUUGACUGGUAAUCACAUCACUCCAUGUGCACAGGAACCAAAGUGGCAAGUGGGUUAUGUGUAUACUCCAGCAGAUGCCAUUGCUCAGGGGCUUAAAACUCUUUCCUUGAAUGAGACUAGACAACUUGCUAGAACCAUAAGCAACUGGUUGGGUCGUUUUGAAGACUGAAAUGUCGAAGUUUCUAUUACAAAUGAUAAAGUUGGUUUCCAGGUUUCAACUGCCCCACUUGUGCGGAUGGCAAUGGCAGUGACUCUACGCCCAACUAUCUUCACCAAUAUCACCCAUCUCAAAUCCACCACUACCAGGGUGAAGACCGCAAC